CUACGAGCAAGAUUGAGUCUUCCACAGAUUAUCGCCCGAAAACUCGUGAAAGAGGACGCGGGAAAGGGCGCGAACAUCCCAUUUAAGGCCCAUGUUCCACAUGAUGCCUUUGGGACCCUGGCGUUUUUACACGAACAUACGCUCCUUUCAAGCAAGACGGAAAUGGGCCUUCAUGCGUCUGCGUUCCCCCUUUUCCAAGAAAACCUCGGGAUUCUGUCUGAGCUCAAAAGAAAGUGGAUCUGGAGGAGCAGCAUAGGAGGAAGAAUGCGUUUCCAUCUGUCGCUCUUCUUCUAUGGAGGUAGAUACUCGUAUUAUGGAGUCAGCUGUCGCCAAACGGCGAGUCCGCUCGAUUUUCUCUCCCGAUAUCUGUGGACUUUGAGCAAGGCCUGCCUUAAGUGAAGCGAGCAAAGUCUGACUGAGGAGGACUUGCUACGAGACUGAAGGCCCAUCACUGGUCCAGCUACUGGCCUUGUUCUUUUAGGAAAAGAGGGCACUACCGUACCAUUGCCGUAAGUAACAAACGCAGGAACCAAAACAUCCAGGGAUCUGCAGGCUUAGGAUUCAUCUGCGCAAUUCGGGGAAAUCAUCUUACAUGGGCAAGUUCUGGUCCACACACGGUUGUUUCUAUCGGCUCCUGAGUUGGAUGAUCGUCUUGUUUCCAUGUCAAACUGAUUCCGAAUUUCCUCAGUGGAGUGACAAGCAAGACCCAAGCAAACCAUUUGCCAUCACGUGACGUUAUACCUUGUUUAAUCCUUUAAUUAGCGUUGUGGCAUCAGUGUGAUUGGUGAGAUCUGAGCUUUGUCGUGAAACCACUUGCUCAAAGCAUAUGCAACCAAGCCAUUGAACUGCAUUUAUCUCCGAACUUCAACCUUCCGUCCCAAAGCCAAGAGUGACAUUUAUACGUUGAAUUCCUUGACCAGUCAACAUGGCCAAAUUCUUUCAUGACUCGGUAGACUGGUUUCGGAAAUCCUUUUCCGAACAUGACGGCAUCAGACAAACCAAUAGUCUAGAUCUCCCGUCCCAAGGCUCUUGUCAAGACAGCCCGACCCCAAGAAAGCCCCGAUCCAUCAGCACGAGUGGCGUACCUGGAUUUGGACCCUUGGACUCGCUGGACGAGGGUGAUUUAUAUAUGAUGCCCGAAAUUGACGGAGAGUUGUCCAUAUUCACCGAGGAAGAAGUGGAAGCCUUAUGUCACCAUCUCCCUCCUCGUCUUAGCGGUGCUUCUUGGAUCCUUCGUUUUUCGACUGAAAAGGAUGGAUUUUCUUUGAACAGCAUUUACCGGAAACUCGAAGAUUUUAGGAGCCCUACCCUCUUGGUGAUCCACGACACCCGGAACUUCCGUUUCGGCGCCUUGGUCUCUGACUCAUUUCGUAUCCUGGAGUCCUUCUACGGCACCGGUGAGUCCUUCUUGUUCCGAUUACCCAUAGGAGAGACGGCGGACUCUGAUGCAGAAGAUUUGUCACCUACCUCAGGCGCACAUGCAGAUGAAGAUCUGGAGGAUUCUGAAAGCAAACUGCCCAACAUACAAGUUUGGAGAUGGUCCACUAAAAACGAGUAUUUCAUCACUUGUAGUCCUCAGUCGCUUUCCAUCGGUGCCGGAGACGGACAAUUUGGUUUGACCAUUGACAGUGACCUACACCAUGGUCGAACCGAUCAUUGUGCUACUUAUGAUAAUGAGCCCUUGGAUCCCCAUAAGGAUUUCAACGUAAAGUCUGUGGAAGUAUGGAACUUCCGCUAAUAAGCGCUUACUCUUCAAUUCCCAUGCCCAAGUCUCAUUGUGUCAGAUCAGCUAAGCACUGGAACUCCGUUGCUUCCAGCGUCCCACCCAAGGUUGUUUACCAAAACCAGGAAAUGUGUCAAUUUAUUUGAUUGUCUAGAGCUUAUGGCCUUAUGCUUAGCUAUACCAUUGACCCGUAGGUUGUGCAACCUUGUCAUUUAGUCAUUCGUCGUCGGCUAAAACGGUUUGAUGUUGAAAGGUGUUCAUUUUAAGUUCAGUCCGACGCUCAAUCCUACCUAGCAACAGACCCGGUGUUCGCCUUCAAAGAAUUAACAAUGAGAGCACAAUCUCCACCGAAAUUUGUCCGUGUCAUUGUUCCAAGCAUGAUAAUUGUAUAUAAUAAGUGCCAAAAUCAGUAGCCGUUGACUGUGAAUAGGACACUCGCUUGAUGCCCCUCAGCCAAUCAAUCCGAUGGAAAAAAGCAACUUCAAAACUCCGACAAUGGAAUUCUCUCAGAACCACAGAAAGCAACCAAUUGCCUUCAAAUUCUUCCAAAAUCGAAUGUUGGAAACUCAAUCUGUGAGCCGAAUCAUCUCGGACCAAUGCAAUCCCAUUUACUCGUACCCUAUUUGAAUUCCUUUCGAGUACUCGAGUCGAGUGCUUGAGAUGACACAUUUUUCAGAAAUGCCAGCCAAGUGCUUGGUUUCCUCGACUUGGAGAGUAUUUUCCGUUUACAUGGCGAGACGUUCAAAGUUGGAUCUUCAGCGAGAAGCUUGCCCAAUCACAACCAGCUUUGAGUUCUUUAGAGAUAAUAGCGAAGUCUGAGUAGCCAAUUUAUAUCAAAUGCACAUACACGACUACAAUUAUAACUAUUAAAAACAUACUUAAGCUAACAAAUAGUGAGUGUAAGCGAUAUAUUGUAUUACCUAUUGUAUGGUAUUAGUACAUACAUAGUACUGUGCGAAUGACCAUUGACAAUAAAGUGUUCCCGAAACAA